AGGAUAUUGUUGGCAAUGGUGGUGUAGUGGUAGGAAUGACUCCAACAAGUAGUGGUGUUGGUGUUAGUGUGGGUGGCUCAUCUCCAACGAAUUCCUCUUCAAUGAGCAACUCAAUGUGCCUCUCUAAUACUGACCCUUCUACGUCAAGUAAAGAGAAGACCCCAAUGUGUCUUAUUAAUGAGCUUGCCAGAUAUAAUAAGAUUCAACACCAGUACUGUUUAACGGAUGAGAAGGGUCCAGCACACAAGAAGACCUUUACAGUAACAUUGAGGCUUGGGGAAAGUGAGGAAUACACAGCCUCUGGUCCCAGCAUCAAAAAAGCUCAACAUUCGGCUGCUGCCAUAGCUCUCGAGAAGACGCAGUUCAAACACCCUCCCCCAAAGACACAACGACAGAACAAACAAACCAAACUCACACCGACAGUUGAAUUAAAUGCCCUUGCAAUGAAGCGAGGAGAAGCUGCUGUUUAUACCUUUAUGGAGACCCCCCGUCCCCCCAAUCCAUACUUCAACAUGCCACCAAACAUAAGAGCCAUGUAUAAUCAGAAAUAUUAUGGACGACCGCCACUUUACCCUAUAUUCUUUGUAACAUUAAGAGUUGGCACUCGGGAAUUCAUAGGUGAAGGAACCACAGCUCAACAGGCAAAGCACAAUGCAGCCUCCAAAGCUUUAAAAUUAAUGAAGCAACUUCCCAUGCCUGAGAAUGCUACUACGUGUACACAAGGAGAUUUGUCAGAUUUGGACCCAAAUGCAGAUUUGAAAUCUCCUAUCUCCCUUGUUCAUGAAAUUGCACUGAAGCGCAAUUUGACUGUUGCAUUUGAAGUAAUACGUGAAUCGGGUCCUCCACACAUGCGAACUUUUGUCACAGUUUGCAUUGUGGGAGAAUAUAGAACAGAAGGAGAAGGCACAGGCAAGAAGGUCAGCAAAAAACGAGCAGCAGAACUUAUGCUAGAAGAACUCCGCAAAUUGCCUGCCUUACCACCAACCUCACUCAUACGAGUUAAGCGUAAACCCACCACAAAGAAGAAAAGUCGAAACCUCAUCAAGGUGGGUCAAGAGGAACAAAAGGCAGCUCCAGAGUAUGGGCAGGGUAUCAAUCCAAUAUCAAGACUGAUCCAGAUCCAGCAGGCUAAGAAAGAGAAAGAGCCAGUGUAUACCAUGCUUGCCGAACGAGGGGUGCCUCGACGCAGAGAAUUCAUCAUGCAGGUAACAGUUGGCAACCAAAGUGCUCAAGGGAGUGGUCCAAAUAAGAAGCUAGCCAAAAGAGCUGCUGCAGAGAACAUGUUACAACUCCUUGGUUACUCCCGCCCACAGCCCCAACCUGGCAAACCUGCUAUCAAGACUGACGGUGCUCACUCUGACCCUGACAAAACUAGGAAGGUGACAUUCCUUGAAGACGGAGGAGAGACUAGGGGAUCAGAUUCAGCUGUUGUUGGUGGUGUGAAUAACGUCAACCACAUGGGAGGGCCUGCAGUUGGUGGAGGACGUCAGCUAGUCCCAGGUCUCAUCAUGAUGCCAGAUGGCUCAGCUCUUCAUGGAUUCCAGCAGGUUCAGCCACAAGGUGAGCCUUUCGUAUCAUCUGUUCAAGGGUGGUGUACAUCAGUAUAGGUGAUGGAACCUGUA